UAUAUACAUUUAACUGCAGAUAUUUUAAGAAUAGGCAUUUUCAAAUAAUCUUCCUUUUGGGUGCAGUUCUGGUUUUCAAUAACUUUGUGACUCAUGCCACUUCGGCAAUUAUACAGUUAUGGUUAUAAUGUCCACUACAGUUCAAAAGUUUGGGAUCACUUAGACAUUUCCUUGUUUUUGAAAGAAAAGCACAUAUUUGGUCCAUUAAAAUAACAUCAAAUUGAUCAACAAUAUAGUUUAGACAUUGUUAAUGUUGUAAAUUACUAUUGUAGCUGGAAACAGCAGAUUUUUUUUAUGGAAUAUCUACAUAGGCGUACAGAGGCCCAUUAUCAGCAACCAUCACUCCUGUGUUCCAAUGACACGUUGUGUUAGCUAACCCAAGUUUAUCAUUUUAACCGGCUAAUUGAUCAUUAGUAAACCCUUUUGCAAUUAUGUUAGCACAGCUGAAAACUGUUGUCCUGAUUAAAGAAGCAAUAAAACGGGCCUUCUUUAGACUAGUUCAGUAUCUGGAGCAUCAGCAUUUGUGGGUUCAAUUACAAGCUCAAAAUGGGGAUGGUUUACUGGUGUCUAAAGGUCAGAAAUGGUUCCGCCACAGAAGACUCCUGACCCCUGGCUUCCAUUACGAUGUUUUAAAGCCCUAUGUCAAAAUGAUGGCUGAUUCUGCCAAAACUAUGCUGGACAAAUGGGAGACUCACUCAAAAUCCGACGAGUCAUUUGAGUUAUUUGAGCAUGUGAGCCUCAUGACACUGGACAGCAUUAUGAAGUGUGCCUUCAGCUCCAACACUAACUGCCAGACAGUGCGAGGGGGAGAGAGUGGAACCAACUCGUACAUCAAGGCUGUGUACGAGCUCAGUGAUCUGGUGAAUGUCCGUCUCCGGACCUUUCCCUACCACAGCGAGUGGAUUUUCCAACUUAGCCCACAUGGGUACAAAUACAGGAAGGCAUGCAAUGUUGCACACAGUCAUACAGAGGAAAUCAUACGAAAGCGAAAAGAGGCCUUAAAGGACGAAAAGGAACUGGGCAGGAUACAGGCUAAGAGAAACCUGGACUUUCUGGAUAUCCUGCUCUGCGCGCGAGACGAGGACCAGCAGGGCCUGUCAGAUGAGGCUAUCCGAGCAGAGGUGGACACCUUCAUGUUUGAGGGGCACGACACCACAGCCAGUGGGAUCUCCUGGACCCUGUACAGCCUGGCCUGCAACCCGGAGCACCAGCAGAUCUGCAGGGAAGAGGUCAUCAGCGCCCUGGAGGGGAGGGACACCAUGGAAUGGGAAGAUCUCAGUAAAAUACCAUACACAACCAUGUGUAUAAAGGAAUCCCUCCGCCUCUACCCUCCUGUACCUGGGAUGUCCAGGAAGAUAACCAAACCUAUGACGUUCUUCGAUGGGAGGACUGUGCCUGCAGGUUGUCUUGUUGGAACCAGCAUUUUUGGCAUUCAUAGGAACGCCACCGUUUGGGAGAACCCUAACGCAUUCGACCCACUCCGAUUUCUGCCCAAGAACUCUGCAAAAAGAUCACCCCAUGCCUUUGUCCCUUUCUCUGCCGGCCCGAGAAACUGCAUUGGGCAGAACUUUGCCAUGAAUGAGAUGAAGGUGGUGGUGGCACAGACACUCAAGCGAUAUCAGCUGACCGAGGACCCAAUGAAGAAACCAAAAAUGAUUCCAAGACUGGUGCUCCGCUCACUCAAUGGGAUCCAUGUGAAAAUCAAACCUGUCGAUCUUGAACCAUAAGGAAUGUUAUAGUUGCACUUUUGUUAUCAGGCAUAGGCUACUGUUUGUGGAAUGUUCAUAUGAAUUUGUUUUUAACAUGCUAAUUCACCAGGAAAUGGAAAAUAAAACCUACAUAAGGAAUAUUUUUUAAAUAUUAACUUCUCAAAGCUAUAUUCAGAAUUUUAAUUUAAAUAUCCAUGUAAGGAGAAUAUUAUAUGUCUUAUAUACAAAGAUGAAUUUAACACUAAUUUAUGUUACUAAUAAUUUGCUAGUAACUAACUGCCUAAAUGUUGUUUGUUUUUCCUUUUGACAUAUAGCCUAUGGUAAGUCAAUGUCCCUUGUCAGUGAUGUGACAGUUUGAAAAGGAAUAGACAUAGGAUCGAGUUAAUGUUAUUCUCACUAUUUCAAAUAAACGUGUGGUGCAAACCACUCAGGAAA